AUGAUAGAAGACGCGCUGAUUACAUAUCUCUAUGUACAUCUGUUGCAGCUGUGGCUGUGCACUCCGGAAGCGCCAGCUCCUGUUACCUCAUGUCAACCUAAAUCGGAAAAAACAAAAAGAACUCGUAAAAGUCGGUUCAUAAUCUUAAACAUAAGUGGGUCCACGUCCUCCAUUCGCUCCUUUACAAAUUUCUUUUUGGAGAAAGUGAGUAUAAUACUCGGUUUUUUGAUUUCCACCUCUUGA